AUGUUGAAGUCCAUGCCAUCAUUACCCAACAUGGCCAAGCACACAAGCCCAUUCUCCUCGUCAAACAUUAACCCCAUCGAAUUGAAACACGAACUUGGGGAACUUAUUAACAAUUUUCCUGCUCGGGAGGUUGAAGCAGUAGUCAUAUGUAGCCACAUAUUUCCUUGGAAGUCCGAUUUGGCGGGCGAGUUCCUGCCCGACGGCCUCGAAAGUGCUACUCUCGAGAUACGUGAGCAGUGUCCCCGAGUCGAUGACCAUGCCCCCCGACCCAUCGUUUUGGAAGCCGAACGCGGUGGAGUUGAUGGGCACGGAUACCUUAUUGAUGGUGAUCCCCUUGAGGCUGAGGUAGUAAAGGGAGGUGAAGGGAUCGCGUGGGUUCCUGAUGAGGGGCGUGGUGCGCGCGCCGCGGGGCGCGUGGGCCCCACGGCCCAUUAA